GUUGAAAUUGAGUAAUAGUACCAUUACCUAUGGGCAAAACAGUCAUUUCAGGUUAUAUUUACACCAAAGGAAAAGGAAUUAAAAAAAGAAAAGAAAAAGAAUGCAGGUAUUAUGAGCCAAUGGAUUCACAGUCACGGAUUUCAUAGAAGUGCCGUUGUUUAGAGAGAGAGAGAGAGAGAGAGAGAGAGAGAGAGCUCUUUCGUCGUUUUCUGAAGCUCAUCUCAGUCUUCACCAACUUCCUUUAAAAACCCCCCACUCUUCACUUCUUCUUCUCUAACAAUCAAACCCCUUUUUCUCUUUUUCUCUCUCUGUAUUCUCGCCAUUGAAGAACCUCAAUAACUUUCUUGUUCUUCAAUAAUAAUAAUAAUAAGAAGAAGAAAGAACAAUACGAUAUGGACCCCAUUUCAAACUCAAGAAGACCUUGUUUCAUCGAAGAAGAUGAUGGUUUGGCUUCUCUAGCUGAUAUGGAAGCUGGGUUUUCCGGUAAUCACCACCCCUUUUACUCUAGACCCCUUUGUUCAUCCAGGAAGAGUAGUUUCAGGAGCCUUUCCAUGCCUUCUUCUUCUUCGUUUUCACCCAGAUCUGGAAGGUUUUAUGAUGCCAGAUUCGAAGAACCUCAACCCCAUUUCUUGGAAGCAUGUUUUCUCUGCAAGAAACAUCUCGGUGAUAACAGAGAUAUCUUCAUGUACAGAGGUGACACACCAUUCUGUAGCGAAGAGUGUAGAGCUGAACAGAUCGAAAUAGACGAAGCUAAAGAGAAAAAUCGUAACUUUUCUUCCAUUAAAGCUUUGAGAAAAAAAGAGCAGAGAAAAUCUUCUUCAUCCCCAAACAAAAACAGGGAUUACCCUUUCCGUACAGGGACAGUUGCAGCAGCCUAAAUCUGAUUCUAAAGAGAAAAAUAGCAAAAAGUAUAAUAAUAAUCAUAAUAAUAAUCAUAAUAGUAAUAAUAAUAUAUACCCGGAAAAGGAAAAAAGAAGACACAAGACUUAAACUUGUUGUGUUUUUUUGGUUCAAAUUUUCCAUUAAGAACAGGGCCAAGGAGAGAAAAUGAAGAAGAAGAUGAAGAAGAAUAUGAAGAUGACUGUGUUGAUAGAUGAAAAUGAAUCUUGAUGAUUAAGAAGAAGAAAGGAAAGAGUUUUGGUUUAUGUUAGGUUUGAAUGUGUUUUUGUAUAGAGGGUUGUUGACAAGUGUGAUUUUAUUACUUUGAUCUGCUCUAUGAGAUGGCUCUUCUUUUGGGGUCUUUUCCCCUCUUUUUCUUUUUUUUUCUUUUUUUGUUUGUUAAUUUUCUUUUGUAAUGAUAUGACAAAAGCUUCAUCAGCCUUUAAUGGCGGAAGCUCAAGAUGAAAUGAAUAGCAAAGCAAAGCAAAGUUUCAUGUUC